GAGCGGCGGCAGCAGUGGCGGUGGCGGCGGUGGCGGCUGCUCGGCCAGGACUCCCGGCCCCCGCCAUUUCGGACUGGGAGCGAGCGCGGCGCAGGCACUGAGGGCGGCGGCGGGGGCCAGAGGCUCGGCGGCUCCCAGGUGCGGGAGCGAGGCCUGCUGAAAAUGACUGAAUAUAAACUUGUGGUAGUUGGAGCUGGUGGCGUAGGCAAGAGUGCCUUGACGAUACAGCUAAUUCAGAACCACUUUGUGGAUGAAUAUGAUCCUACGAUAGAGGAUUCCUACAGGAAACAAGUAGUAAUUGAUGGAGAAACCUGUCUCUUGGAUAUUCUCGACACUGCAGGUCAAGAGGAGUACAGUGCAAUGAGGGACCAGUACAUGAGGACUGGGGAGGGCUUUCUUUGUGUAUUUGCCAUAAAUAAUACUAAAUCAUUUGAAGAUAUUCACCAUUAUAGAGAACAAAUAAAAAGAGUUAAAGACUCUGAAGAUGUACCUAUGGUCCUAGUAGGAAAUAAAUGUGAUUUGCCUUCUAGAACAGUAGACACAAAACAGGCUCAGGACUUAGCAAGAAGUUAUGGAAUUCCUUUUAUUGAAACAUCAGCAAAGACAAGACAGGGUGUUGAUGAUGCCUUCUAUACAUUAGUUCGAGAAAUUCGAAAACAUAAAGAAAAAAUGAGCAAAGAUGGUAAAAAGAAGAAAAAGAAGUCAAAGACAAAGUGUAUAAUUAUGUAAAUACAAUUUGUACUUUUUUCUUAAGGCAUACUUAAGUAAAAGUGGUAAUUUUUGUACAUUACACUAAAUUAUUAGCAUUUGUUUUAUUUAGCAUUACCUAAUUUUCUUUCUGCUCCAUCCAAACUGUUAGCUUUUAUCUUGAAUGCUUAUUUUAAAAUGACAGUGGAAACUUUUUUUCCUCUAAGUGCCAGUAUUCCCUGAGUUUUGGUUUUUGAACUAGCAAUGCCUGUGAAAAAGAAACUGAAUACCUGAGAUUUCUGUCUUGGGGUUUUUGGUGCAUGCAGUUGAUUGCUUCCUAUUUUUCUUACCAAUUGUGAACUUUGGUGUGAAACAAAUUAAUGAAGCUUUCAAAUCAUCCCUAUUCUGUGUUUUAUCUAGUCGCAUACAUGGAUUAAUUACUAAUUAUAACUUCAGUUGAGAUUUCCUGAUUGGUUUUCCUGAAACAUUGAGGGAACAUGAAUUUAUGGGCUUCCUGUAGAUCAUCUUGUAGGCAUCAUGUCCUAUAAUUUCAGUCACCCUUAAUGAAUGUAAAGUUACACUUUUCACAAAGGUUUUUCUCCCUCUUUCCACUGCUACAUGUCAUGCUCCCAAAAAUACUAUAUUUUUUCUAUAAAAAGGGAAAAAAUGGGAAAAAAAUACAAGGCGAUGGAAAAUAGUAAAAGGCCAUUUACUUUCCAUAUUAGAUAAAUUCCUAUAAUACUCUGAAUAGCUUUUCCUGUUAAGGCAGACCCAGUAUGUAAUGAGGAUUAUAGCAACCAUUUUGGGGGCUGUAUUUACAUGCUACUAAAUUUUUGUAAUAAUUGAAAAAAUUUUAACAUGUAUAAAAAAUUCUCAUAGGAAUUAAUUAUAGUCUCCCUGUGUCGAUUGCUCUUUCUUAGCAUAACUUUAAAUCUUUUCUUGAACUUCCGUCUUUGAAAAUAGUUUUAAUUCUAGUAGUGAUGUUAAAGAUUAUUUGGGCCAGUUAGCUUGGUAGGUGUUGAAGAGACCAAGGUUGCAAGGCCAGGCCGUGUGUGAACCUUUGAGCUUCACUGAGAGUUUCACAGUAUGGACUGCACCCCUGUGGGCUUCCCCUGUUGUCAUGCAUUCGAUGGUCAGAAUUGGGGACUAGGAGAGAGUGUAGAUGGCUCAGCAAGAUACAUUCUCACUAUGUGGUGGUCCUGCUGACAGAUCAGGAACAUCACUUUUGUUUAAAAAAAAUACAACAGAACUUUAAAAAAAAAUUAUUUUAAAUGAGAUUUUGGGGUGGGGAAUGGCAAGACUUUAAUUCUUUUUUUAAACAGUGAAAUCAAAAAGUUUCAAAAUCUCUAGUAUUGCCUAGUUCUCUUUACACUGGCUAAAGUAACAUUUCAUAAACACUUUACAAGUCUGGUCCAUGUUUAAGAAUCUCUAAUGCUUAAAAAUAGAUAAAUUAAUAUUAACAAAAUGAUUCUUUCAAUGCAUUUAAAAUGUUACUUAUUUUAAAAUAUUUGAAGUGAGAUGGUAUGUUGAGGUGAAAAUAUCACUGGAUUAGUAGGAAAGUGACUUAGAUUCUAGUUGUCUUUUACAACUCCGAUUUCACUUACUGUCCAUUUCUUCAUGUUAAAAGAAGUCAUCUCAAAAGCUGUAUCUAGCAUUACUACUAUGUGAUUUACAUGCAGUUUACAUAAGGAUAAACCUGUUUGUCAAUCUCAGCACAAUCUGUAACUUUUUACCUGUUAUCGUCAUCACUGCCAGUCUUAGGCAAAAUUGUGCAAGAGGUGAAGUUUGUUUUUGAAUAUCCAUUCUCUAGUUUCAGGACUCCUCUCUCACAUUAGUGUCAUCUUGCCUGCCUACCCUUCUACAUGCCCUGUGACUUGAAGCUUUUUCUUUUAAUACUUCUAAUUCCCCUAACCUCAAGAUUUAUUGCUGCUUUGGAUAUCUCCAUGAAGGCUUCCCAACAAGUCAAAUCAAAAUGACUACAUCUUAUUUCCUCACACUCAACAUAAUCUGACAGAUACUAUAAUCGGAUUUGACCUAAUAGCUGAUUUUCAGGUGGUAACUGUACCAAUUUAAUCUUGAUCCUUUGAACAUCAUCUCUUUGCUGCCUGGUCCAUUAGUGACUAAGUGGAAAUUUCAUAUCUGCUAUGAGUAGACAGAACCCUAUCCAGUGGAAGGAGAAUUCAGUAAAGAUAGUGCUACAGGAAUUCCUUAGGUAAUCUACAACUGGGACUAGCCGUGGGAUGAUAUAUUCCAUUGUUUUAAUACCUAAAAUCUUACAAUGAAAAAUCCUUUAAAAUUUAAUUAAUAAAGCUUGCUUUUUAGCAGAAUUCAUUUAUUCAGCAAAUAUUUGAGUGCCUACUAGAUGCCAUGCACUACACAGGGCACUGGGGAUGUUAUGGUAUCCCCAAACAAGGGACAUACUCUCUAUCCUUAAGUAGUGCUUACAUUCUACAGUGGUCUGUAAUAUCCUGGUGAGACGUUUGGCACAUGACCCAGAGAUAACAAUGCAUAUUUUAGCUUUGCAAAGAAGGGAUUUAGUCUUUAAGGUUUCUUCUACUUCUAAAAUAAUUGUUGUGCUCUGAUUCCUAUGUAACUACUUUAUAUAAAUCACUUUACUUCAUCGUUUUAAAGGAGUAAACUUGAUUAUAUUGUGUUUUAUUUGGCAUAAUUAUGUGAUUCUCUUGGGACAGUUAUAGUACACAUUAAGUUGUAUGUCAGCUAAUAAUAUUAAAAUUCCCAAGUGUGUAAUAUUCUAGUUGGUCUCUUUGUAUAAGUAAUUAAAAUAGACUUUUAAAAUUAAAUAUUGAAUUCUAAAAUAGUUUUGUUUGUCUGGAUAUGAUUAAAUAGAUGCCUAACUAAUUCACAGAAAAGGAAACUUCUGGGUAAAAAUCAAUAUGAUUUCUGAAAUGCUAAACUACAGGUUUAUGGAACAUUAGGUAGGGUGUUAAGACCUAUGUAGUACUUCCUCUUGUUUCUAUACAAGAGAAAGAAAGGGCCAUAUUAAAGGAAUCGCAGUGCAUAACUGAAGGGGUUUUUAGGACUCUUGAAUUUUUGAUGUAGCUGGGUAAUUGUUUUUUUAAGGCAGUGGUAAUUAUGCUUUAUUAUGUGAAUUUUGAAUGGUUUGACAAAAGGUUUGUUUUUCUAGAGAUUUUAAAAGGGGAGAUAAUCCUAGAAAUAAUAUAAAUGUUAUCUAAUUAUUACAGCCUUAAAGAUAAAAAUCCUCAUGUUAAAGUUGAGAAAAAUUGCUAAAUUACGUAGUCUUAGCCAUUAACAUGUUUGUGGAAGAAUGUAGCAGAAGUAUGUAGUAUAAUUUGAAUGAAUAUUCCCAAUUAGGAAUUCUAGGCUCUCUUUUAACUGAGUCACACUGCAUAGGAAUUUAGAACCUAACUUCUGUAGGUUAUGGAAACCUUUGCCAUCAUUGCACAAUUUUGUCCUAAUAUGUAAAUGUUGUGAGGCAUGUUAAGUUGCAGUUUGCACAAGUUCAUCUCAUUUGUAUUCCAGUGAUUCUUUUUUCUUCUAACCAUUUUUUUAUCAACAAUAUAUACACAUUCAGUUUUUUUUGUAGGCAAUAAAACUCUGUCAUUUCCAUUUGCCAAAAAGUAAUAAUUUCUUGAUAAUGAUGUAUUAAUGAUUUUUAAAAACCCAUCAGUUACUUUAAAGCUGAAUUUAUAUUUAAUAACUUGUGUGUUAAUAUUGAGUAGCAUGAAAUCUGCAUUGAGAAAUUAACAGCAUACAACUGGUUACAUUCCUUCAGAAAAUGAAAAUUAUUUCUAAAGAUAUAUUCACAUCAGUUCUUGAAGAAUAGUCAUAACUAGAUUAAUACCUGUUUUAGUUUAAUAGUUUUAAGUACCUGUUUGGGAUGAUGAUAGGUGACUUAGAUAAAUUUAGGAAAAUCAAAGUUAUUACUUGCAGAAAUGUCAAUUACAGAGGCUCCCCCUCCCUAUAGAGCUCAAAUGGGUUAUGUAACUUUUAUCCAAAAGUUUCCACUUCCACUGUCUUGUGUUUUCAUGUUGAAAAUACUUUUGCAUUUUUCCUUUGAGUGCCAAUUUCUUACUAGUACUAUUUCUUAAUGUAACAUGUUUACCUGGAAUGUAUUUUAACUAUUUUUGUAUAGUGUAAACUGAAACAUGCACAUUUUGUACAUUGUGCUUUUUUUUGUGGGACAUAUGCAGUGUGAUCCAGUUGUUUUCCAUCAUUUGGUUGCGCUGACCUAGGAAUGUUGGUCAUAUCAAACAUUAAAUUUAAAAAUGACCACUCUUUUAAUUAAAAUUAACUUUUAAAUGUUUAUAGGAGUAUGUGCUGUGAAGUGAUCUGAAAUUUGUAAUAUUUUUGUCAUGAACUGUACUGCUCCUAAUUAUUGUAAUGUAAUAAAAAUAGUUACGGUGACUAUGA